AGAACGGCUUCCCACUGGAUUCUCCAGAGGAGCAGCAGUUGCUUCUACUUCCACAGAACUGCAGAGGAAGAAUACACGCUUUUGCUACAGGACCCCCCCUGCUCCAACAGAACCACACCUGACACUUCAGGAGAACUGCAGCCACUUUUCCAAUUGGACUGCUACCAACACCCUGACAGACAGGGUGUCAGGUCCACCAUGCCCAGAGUGAAGAAAUGUCCAACAGCAGCUCCAUCAGCCACUUCCUCCUGCUGGCACUGGCAGACACGCGGCAGCUGCAGCUCCUGCACUUCUGCCUCUUGCUGGCCAUCUCCCUGGCUGCCCUCCUGGGCAACGGCCUCAUCAUCAGCACCGUAGCCUGCGGCCACCACCUGCACACGCCCAUGUUCUUCUUCCUGCUCAACCUGGCCCUCAGCGACCUGGGCUCCAUCUGCACCACUGUCCCCAAAGCCAUGCACAAUUCCCUCUGGGACACCAGGACCAUCUCCUACUCAGGAUGUGCUGCACAGGUGUUUUUGUUUGCCUUUUUCAUUUCAGCAGAGUUUUCCCUCCUGACCAUCAUGUGCUACGACCGCUACGUGUCCAUCUGCAAACCCCUGCACCACGGGACCCUCCUGGGCAGCAGAGCUUGUGCCCACACGGCAGCAGCUGCCUGGGCCAGUGCCUUUCUCAAUGCUCUGCUGCACACAGCCAAUACAUUUUCCCUGCCCCUGUGCCACGGCAAUGCCCUGGGCCAGUUCUUCUGUGAAAUUCCUCAGAUCCUCAAGCUCUCCUGCUCCAAAUCCUACCUCAGGGAACUUAAGGUUUCUGUUUUCACUGUCUGUAUAGCUUUUGGUUGUUUUGUGUUCAUUGUUUUCUCCUAUAUGCAGAUCUUCAGGGCCGUGCUGAGGAUCCCCUCUGAGCAGGGACGGCACAAAGCCUUUUCCACCUGCCUCCCUCACCUGGCCGUGGUCUCCCUGUUCCUCAGCACUAUCAUGUUUGCUCACCUGAAGCCCCCCUCCAUCUCAUCCCCAUCCCUGGAUCUGGCCCUGUCAGUUCUGUACUCGGUGGUGCCUCCAGCCCUGAACCCCCUCAUCUACAGCCUGAGGAACCAGGAGCUCAAGGCUGCAGUGCGGACAUUGAUGACUGGAUGGUUUCACAAACAUCAAGCUGCUUGCUAGUUUCUGGAAGUCACUUGUAAUAAAAGUCAUCUUUGAUAGUA